AUGCCUCAUAGUAAGAAGAACCAGCAAGACAAUGAGGGAAGCCCUAAGGCCAAAAGAAAGGCUCCAGGGCCCGGCCUGGUGAAUGGGCUAGACCCCAAGGAGGAGGAGGAGGAGGCCACUGCCUGUGCCUCUUCCUCCUCUUCUUCGACUCUGAUGCUGGCCACCCCAGACGAGGGGACUGCUUUUGGGAUACCAUGUGAUCCCCAGAGUCCACCAAGAGCUUCCUCUCCCCCUACUGCCUUGGUCUCUAGUGUAGAGGUAGAGAUGGAAUUUGAGCAGGGCUCCAGAAGCCAAGGAUCCGAAAAUCUGUUAUUCCAGCGCAACAUGUUAGGUCCUUUGUCCCUGCUGCGUUACUCAAUUUCCUUGGUACCCUUCCUGCUCCUCAGAUAUCAGAUGAGGCAGCCAGUCAAUAGGGCAGAAAUUCUCACUCAUGUGGUCAGUUGUCACCGUAAUUUCUUCCCUGCAAUUUUCAACAAAACCCGUGAGUGCAUGAAGCUAGUGUUUGGCACUGAAAUGAAAAAACUAAAUACCAUCCACCGCUCCUAUAUCCUUGUCCCUGCUGCGGGGCUCACAUAUCAUGGGUUGCGGAGUGAUGUUCCAGGAGUGCCCAAGACAGGCCUUCUCAUAAUGGUUCUGUGCUUCAUCUUUAGAAGUGGCAAUCGUGCCACUGAAGAGGUGAUUUGGGGAGCACUGUGUAAGAUGGGGAUUUGUGUAGAGAGAUGGCACUACAUCUAUGGGAAUAUUAGGAGGUUAGUCAUGGGAGAUUUUGUGCGAUUGCAGUACCUGGAAUACCGGCAGGUGCCCCAUGCUAAUCCCGUUGUCUAUGAGUUCCUGUGGGGCCCCAGGGCUCGCGCUGAAACCACCAAGAUGAAAAUCCUUGUGCACUGGGCCAAGUUCAGUGGGCUUGAUCCCAGGGCCUUCCCUAUCUUGUAUGACGAGGCAUUGAGAGAGGAACGGCAUCGCCAAGCAUGA